AUGAUUGGGGAGGAACAUUGCGUUACUGAACUUCUUGAGCAUCACUCAACACACAAUCAAUUCUGCCUACUUCGGCAUAAUAGCAAGAGAGAAAAACCGCAAUUCAUUGUGCGAAAAAAACCGAAAACAAUGCCAAAAGCAUUGAUACUGAUUGCGGACGGCUCGGAGGAGAUUGAGUUUGUCACUCCGUAUGAUGUACUCACUCGAGCCGGCUUUGAAGUUCAAUCCGUGGGUGUCGAUCUAAAAAACGAAGGCUAUGCACACAUGACCCGCAAUGUCCGCAUCGUCCCCGACCACACAAACCUCACCUCCUUCCCGCACCAACUUGCCCACGAGCACUACGACAUCUUGAUACUCCCCGGUGGCGGCCCCGGCGCGAAGACUUUCAGCACCAACCCCUCCGUCCUUCAGCUUAUCAAGUCGUUCGUCCGAAGCGGCAAAUUCGUCGCUGCGAUUUGCGCUGGCACAACAGCGCUUGUCGCCGCGGGAAUAGAGAAGAAGAUAGUGACAAGCCAUCCGAGUGUUAUGCAGGAAAUUAAGGGGGCGGGCUGGGAGUAUAGUGAGGAGAGGGUUGUGGUGGAUGGAAAGGUUGUUACUAGUCGAGGACCAGGCACGGCUCUGCUGUUUUCGUUGACGAUUGUGGAGGUUAUGGUGGGCAAGGAGAAGAGAGAUGAGGUUGCGGGGCCGAUGGUUGUUGCUGCUACGCUUUGAGGUUUGGUAACACAAGAGAAGAUUGAGUGCCACUAUGUGUCGGUCGAUAUUGUCAACGCUGACGAGGUUUUCACUGUUGCUAGGA